UAAGUUACGUUUCUUGGUUUGAAAUACAUCUGAGAACGAAUCACCUUCAGGUAUCGCAUGAUCAGUUCGACAGUGAACGAGGAAGAGUGACAACCUACUACUUUACUUUGAAAUAUGGAUUCGUGUUUGACUCAAACUUGUGAAUCAGCAAUCAAUGGAUCAUCGCCAUUGAUAUUUACUCAGUUGAUUCAAAUGUUAUUGGUGGCACAGUGUAGUUUUGGAAAAAUAAACGAGUAUCCUCCAGAUCGAACGUCUGAGAUUGUAUCUAAUGUUGAAGAAUCAUUUGAUUUCAUAAUUGUGGGCGGUGGAUCAGCAGGAUCGGUUUUGGCUGCACGAUUAUCUGAGCAGCCUAAUUGGAAGGUGUUACUGAUAGAAGCAGGAACAUAUCCUUCAGCAAUGAGUGAUGUACCAGGCUUACUUUUGGGUUUACAAGGUUCUACCGAAGACUAUGCUUAUCAACUAGAACCACAGAGUGAUUUUUGUUUGGGAAUGGUUGACAAACGCUGCGUUUGGGCAAAAGGAAAAUCUCUGGGUGGAAGCUCUGCUAUGAAUGCGAUGCUGCACAUUCAUGGAAAUAGUGAGGAUUAUGAUUCUUGGGCUGCGAAUGGUAAUAAAGGUUGGAGUUAUGAUGAUGUACUUCCGUACUUCAAAAAAUCUGUCAACUAUCCAGAUGAAGUUAUCCAAAAAUAUGGUGACAAAUAUUUUGGAACUGACGGACCGAUAAAUAUUCGCUCUUACAACUAUUCGGAUUCUUCUGUUCAAGAAGUCUACUUAGAAGCGGUCGCAGAAAGGGGUAUCCCGGUAUUGGAUGUUUUCAAUACAAAUCGAUAUAUUGGCUACGGCAAGGCACAUGGGACUAUUGAUAAUGGGCGCCGGAUGAAUGUAGCAAAAGCUUUUCUAUCUCCGAUAAAAAACAGAGAAAAUCUUUUUGUCAUGACUUCUACCAGAGCUGAUGAAAUUUUGAUAAAUGACAACCGAGCUAACGGAGUACGAGUUACACUUGAAGAUGGCAGGACAGUUGAUUUAAAAGCAUCGAAAGAAGUUAUUGUUUCUGCUGGAUCUAUAGCAUCUCCACAAUUAUUAAUGUUAUCUGGUAUUGGACCUAAAAAAGAUCUAGAGGAGUUGGGUAUCGAGUGCAAAGCUGAUUUACCGGUUGGCAAAAAUCUUCAAGAUCAUCUUAUUUGGCUGGGAAUUCAUUUGGAAUUUGUAAAUGGAUCACGUGAAAUCAAAACUCCUCUCAGUGUGCUUGAUGAUGCUUAUGAUUAUCUAGUUCACGGAAAAGGUGAGUUUGCAAAUGUGGGAGCUAUAGAUUUACUUGGAUUCGUUAAUCUUGAAGAUCCUGCCUCGCUUUAUCCUGACAUUGAAUUUCAUCAUAUUUACGUUCCGCAAGGACACGUUCUUAAAAUGGACGCAAUGUUGAAAGCCUGCGGCCUUGCCAAGGAUCUCGGCGAUGAGCUUAUGAAAUUAACUGUGGAUACUGACACAAUCUACGUAAGUCCCGCAUUGUUGAAGCCAAAAAGUAUUGGCGAACUAAAGCUUCGCAGUAAAUCGCCAAGUGAGCCUGUCAAAAUUUUUGCCAAUUACCUAACGGACGAACGCGAUAAAGACAAGAUGAUUAAAACAGUAGAUUUUAUCAAAAGUCUUCUCAACACUGAAGCUUUCAAGAAACUCGGGGUCAAAUUACGUAACUUUUCCAUACCUGGAUGUAAAGAUUUUGAAUUUGAUAGCUCAGAGUACUGGGAAUGCAACAUCAGACACACCGCCGGAACUCUCUACCACCCAGUUGGAACCGUACGAAUGGGAACUCCAGUCGAUCCUAAAUCUGUAGUCGACUAUAAUUUGAAAGUUUUAAGUAUCGACAGCCUUAGAGUUAUCGAUGCUUCGAUCAUGCCAGUUAUCACGAGUGGUAACACUCACGCACCUACAUUGAUGAUUGCAGAGAAAGGAGCUGAUUUGAUCAAACAGCAUUGGCUUAUCAAAGAUGAAUUAUAGUUUAUACACCCGUUCAAUUAUCGAUAAUGACAAAGUGGCUGACAACAAACUUAAAUUUUUAUUUUUUAGAUUAAUAAAUUUUGAUUGUUUUUGUAAUUAGAAUUAGAAUUACUGCCAUAAAAUAAAA